CAAAAUGGCGACAGAAUAUAACGGAUGAUGUCGACGUGGAUAUUGUGGUCUGAUUAUUAACGUUAACGUGCUACCAGUUUAUUAUAUAUAAAAUAAUAAUAAAGUAAAAUAAUAAAAUAUAACAAUACUACAAUUUAUAAAAAAUGAGUGAGCCAAAAGCACAACACGGUGCUCAAGAAAUAAAGGGCUGGCUUUUCAAGUGGACAAAUUAUUUAAAAGGUUACCAACGGAGGUGGUUCGUCCUGUCAAAUGGCCUCCUGUCAUACUAUAGGGCUGAACCAAAGGGGGGGCCAAAGAUAUCGACGAGACGCAAGCGGAGGGCUGGCAGUGCCUCCGAAAAUCCAGCCGAAAUGGCUCACACAUGCAGAGGGGCUAUAUCACUUCAUGGGGCCUUAAUUCAUACUGUGGAUGCAUGUACUUUCGUUGUAAGCAACGGUGGUACCCAAACAUUUCACAUAAAAGCAGCAACUGAAGUGGAACGACAGCAAUGGGUUACUGCUUUAGAAUUAGCUAAAGCCAAAGCAAUACAAGCCAUGGAGUCAGAAGAAGAGGAGGAAGAGUACCAAGACAAUGACAGCCACAAAGGAGAGAGCACAUCAAUAAUAAAGGACCUGACUGAACGUUUGAAAGAUUUACAAACUUGCUAUGAAUUGAUAUCAAAACGUGGGACCAUGCUGACGCGGUCUCUUGUGGAUCUAGAGUCGCUUGAAUCGGCUAGUCCGGAUACUGCUGCUAAAAUAAAAACUGUCAGUGAACGUGCUACUUUGUUUCGUAUUGCUGCAAAUGCUAUGAUCAGUACGAGUAGUGAUUACCUCCAAUUGGCCCAACAACAAGAACCGAAAUGGAAAAAAAUGCUUCAACAUGAACGAGAUCAAAAGGUACGAAUUGAAAAAAUGGUUGAACAACUAGCACGACAACAUUCUCAUCUAGAAGAGGCUGCACAACAUGCUUUACCACCAGGAAUGCCUGCAGGGAAUCAUCGUUCUACACAUUCUGUAGCAAAUACUUCACCAUCGGAGGACGACGAAGACAACGUUGAGUUUUAUGAUGCCGAAGAGUCUGAUACAUUCACGUUAGCUAUUCCUGGCAGUACAACGGGUAAUUCACUAUCACGUGAACGAGUCAGAAACGAUUCACAAGGGAGUGAUGAUGGAUCUAGUUCUGAAGGGGAUCCAGCACCAAUGUCUAACAACGAUCCAUCCAGAGCAGACACGUUUCUUAUCGUGACCGAUUCUUCAGCGUCGCCUCAAACAUCCAGAACCGCUACCGAUCUGGACAAUUCGGCCUGGAAAAAUGAUACCGAUGGAAAUAAUACCGGGAUGACAACUGUAAGGAAACGAGAGCGAAGAACUCGAGUACCAGAAAAACCAAAUUAUCCAUUAAAUUUAUGGAGUAUUAUGAAAAAUUGUAUUGGCAAGGAGUUGUCGAAAAUUCCAAUGCCUGUUAAUUUUUCUGAGCCUCUUAGUAUGUUGCAACGUUUGACUGAAGAUUAUGAAUACGCCGAUAUACUCGACAGAGCCGCUGAAUGUACUGACAGUUGUGAACAAAUGGCAUACGUGGCAGCUUUCACAGUUUCCAGUUACUCAACAACCGCAGCUAGAACUGGAAAACCGUUUAAUCCUCUUUUAGGUGAAACAUACGAAUGUGAUCGAACUGACGAUCUUGGAUGGCGAGCAAUAUCGGAACAAGUGUCGCAUCAUCCUCCAAUGGUUGCUCAAUUUUGUGAAGGUCGAGCGUGGCGAUGUUGGCAGGAAUUUACUAUGGCUUCAAAAUUCCGCGGUAAAUAUCUUCAAGUAAUUCCUUUGGGUACUGCACAUUUAGAGUUUGAUAAAAAAAUAAAUGACAAAUCUAAUCACUAUACGUGGCGAAAAGUAACGACUACUGUACACAAUAUUAUUGUUGGUAAACUAUGGGUAGAUCAAAGUGGUGACAUGGAUAUAAUUAAUCAUACUGAUGGUACUAAAUGUCACCUCAAGUACAUUCCGUACUCAUAUUUUUCGCGUGAUAGUCAACGAAAAGUAAAAGGAGUUGUUAUGAAUGCUGACAAAGAAGUUAAAUGGGUUGUCCAGGGUACUUGGGACGCUAAAAUUGAAAUAGCACCCGUUAUUAGUACUUCCGGUACUCCCGAUAAUCCAGUAUAUAAAACAGGCCCAUAUACUCUUGCUUGGAAACGAAAUAUGCCUUCAGAAGAUUGCGAAAAAUACUAUUCAUUUACUGAAUUAGCGUGUCAACUAAAUGAACCUGAGGAAGGUGUAGCACCAACAGAUUCGCGAAUAAGACCCGAUCAAAGGUUAAUGGAAAAUGGGUUAUGGGAUGAAGCGAAUAAAGAAAAGUUACGACUUGAAGAAAAACAAAGAGCAGUAAGACGUGCUCGUGAGAGUGAGGCUGAAAAAGCUGCUGCUCAAGGAUUGCCAUAUAGAGGAUAUGAACCCGUUUGGUUUUCAAAACAAGAAGACAAGAUUACGGGUAGCCUAUGUCAUACUUACGACCAUGAAUAUUGGGAAUGUAAAAAUAAAGGCGACUGGUCACGAUGUCCAAAUAUAUUUUAAAUUAUUAUUAUUAUUAUUAUAAAUAAUAAUAAUAAUUAAUUAUCUAUGGUUAUGUACUUGCGAUGAAACUUCCAAGGGUUAUAUUAAAUAAAAGUUAUUUUAGAGAUGAAAAUAAAUAAUAUUUGGCAAGUAUUUAAAAUAAUAAUUAGCUUACUUUGUUAUCAAUCAAAUUUUAUUCAUCUAUUGACAUUAUUACUAUCUAAUCAAUCAAUGGUAAAUUUAAGACAUUAUAAUUUUUUUUUUUUAAAUUUUAUUUUUUGUUUUUAAAAUUUAUGUAUAAUAAUUAAAGUAAUCUGCCAUUAAUCGAAGAAUUAAUGAUUUAAUGUAAUUGAGUAACUGGUUAAGUGAGCAAGUGGCUAUAAAAAUGUAUGAGUGAGUGAGGUAAAUAGAUGAGGAAAAACGAAUUAAGUGAAUAAAAUACAAUAUACGAACUUCCAAAAUAUUCAUUUAAUAAAACUCUUAAGUCCAUUCUCAGACAGUGCCCGCGUCUUUUUAAAAAUUUUCAAUUAACUGUCAUAACCGUUUCAAAAUUUUAUCAAUUAAUUGAAAAAAAAUCAAAGCGUUAAUUGAAAAAAGAAAAAUUUCAAGAUUUUUUUUUAAAUUACUAACAGUUGAUAUCAAUUGGGAGUUAAAUGAAAUUUGGAAAAUAAAUUUUAGUUAAAUUUUUAUGUCAGUUUUAUAAUUCGAAUUUUCAAAUUUUUUAGGAUAAAAUUUAUUUAUCAAAUUUCGUUUGUCUCCUAAUUGAUGACAACUGUAAGUAAUUUUUUAAAAUUCUAUAUCUCUGCGAAAUUGUCUUUUUUUAAAUUAAUGUUUUAAUUUUUUUUGUAAUUAUGACAGUCCCCACUUUUAAAAAAUUUUCAAUAACUUUCAACUUUUAUAACAGUAUUAAAGUUUUAUCAAUUAAUUAACAUAUAAUUAAAACGUUAAUUGAAAAAAAAUACAAUUUCACCGAGAUAUAGAAUUUCAAAAAAAUUACUUGCAGUUGUCAUCAAUUAGAAGUUAAAUGAAAUUUGUUGAGUAAAUUUAAGUCUAUAAAAUUUGAAAAUUCUAAUUAUAAAAUUGUCAUAAAAAUUUUACUAAAAUAUUUCCAAACUACGUUCGAUUUUGUAAGAAUUUUUUUUUUUUUAAA